AUGAAUAUCAAUGCAAUGACAGAAGUCACGGAUGACCAAUUGUUGCGUCUCCGAGCUGAUGUGGUAUUUUUAGCUAGUCGGCAUAUCACUUCAAAAGCAGUGAAUCAAAUCGUUCAAGAAUGGUUUGAAGGUAAGCGAAAGAUUAGCCAAAUGUUCUUUGAUGCAAUGAAAGAGCCUUCGAAGGAUGCCGUUUUGGAAGGCAUCGAUCCAGAACAAUUUCGUACUGCUGAUGAGCUUCUCAAAAUGUAG